CGCGGCGCACCGGGCUGAAACGGUGGCAGCGCCGCAGCCGGGGUCGGAGCGCAGGAGCCGACGGGGCCCGGCCGGGAUGGUGCAGCGGCGGCUCCUCGGCGCACACACGCACUGAAUGGGCCCAAGCUGGGCCCCGCGUCCCCCGCCGCCCCGAUCCCGGCCGGCAUGAUGUGCCUGGAAUGCGCCUCGGCGGCGGCGGGCGGCGCGGAGGAGGAGGAGGCGGACGCGGAGCGGCGGCGCCGGCGCCGGGGGGCGCAGCGAGGGGCCGGCGGUGGCGGUUGCUGCGGGGCGCGGGCAGCGGGCGCCGCUGGAGUGGCGACCGCCGACGAUGAGGUGCAGACGCUGUCGGGCAGCGUGAGACGGGCCCCUUCCGCACCCCCCAGCACCCCCAGCACCCCCAGCUGCGCAGCCGCUGCCAAGGGCCUCGGUGCUCAGCAGCCCAAACCAGCCAGCUUGGGCCGCGGGCGGGGGGCAGCCGCUGCCAUCCUCAGCUUGGGCAACGUGCUCAACUACCUGGACAGGUACACCGUAGCAGGUGUCCUUCUGGACAUCCAGCAGCACUUUGGGGUCAAGGACCGAGGCGCCGGCUUGCUGCAGUCAGCAUUCAUCUGCAGCUUCAUGGUGGCCGCCCCCAUCUUUGGCUACCUGGGUGACCGCUUCAACAGGAAAGUGAUCCUCAGCUGCGGGAUUUUCUUCUGGUCGGCUGUCACGUUCUCCAGCUCCUUCAUCCCGCAGCAGCACUUCUGGCUGCUGGUCCUGUCCCGCGGGCUGGUGGGCAUCGGUGAGGCCAGCUACUCCACCAUCGCGCCCACCAUCAUCGGCGACCUCUUCACCAAGAACACGCGCACACUCAUGCUGUCUGUCUUCUACUUCGCCAUCCCUCUGGGCAGCGGCCUGGGCUAUAUCACCGGCUCCAGCGUGAAGCAGGCGGCCGGAGACUGGCACUGGGCCUUGCGGGUGUCCCCCAUCCUGGGCAUGAUCACAGGAACGCUCAUCUUCGUCCUGGUCCCGGCCACUAGGAGAGGCCACGCUGACCAGCUCGGGGGGCAGCUCAAGGCCCGGACGUCAUGGCUCCGAGACAUGAAGGCCCUGAUCCGCAACCGCAGCUACGUCUUCUCCUCCCUGGCCACGUCUGCCGUGUCCUUCGCCACAGGGGCCCUGGGCAUGUGGAUCCCGCUCUACCUGCACCGCGCCCAAGUCGUGCAGAAGGCGGCGGAGACGUGCAGCAGCCCGCCCUGUGCAGCCAAGGACAGCCUCAUCUUCGGGGCCAUCACCUGCUUUACGGGUUUUCUCGGGGUGGUCACGGGCGCAGGAGCCACACGCUGGUGCCGCCUGCGGACUCAGCGGGCUGACCCGCUGGUGUGCGCUGUGGGUAUGCUGGGCUCCGCCAUCUUCAUCUGCCUCAUCUUCGUGGCGGCCAAGAGCAGCAUCGUGGGGGCCUAUAUCUGCAUUUUUGUAGGGGAGACGCUGCUGUUUUCUAACUGGGCCAUCACAGCGGACAUCCUCAUGUACGUGGUCAUCCCCACCAGACGGGCCACCGCCGUUGCCCUGCAGAGCUUCACCUCCCACCUGCUGGGGGAUGCCGGAAGCCCCUACCUCAUCGGCUUUAUCUCCGACCUGAUCCGCCAGAGCACCAAGGACUCCCCGCUCUGGGAGUUCCUGAGCCUGGGCUACGCCCUCAUGCUCUGCCCCUUCGUCGUGGUCCUGGGUGGCAUGUUCUUCCUGGCCACCGCGCUCUUCUUCCUCAGCGACCGCGCCAAGGCUGAGCAGCAGGCUGACGAGGUCCCUGCCCAGCACAUCCGGUCCGCCGGCCCCCGCGAUGCGAUGCGCCAGAGCAGUGCCCGGGCCAGGCCCCCGCUGAUCUGCCACCUUGACCCCCGCCCGUCUCUCCCCCAGGGUGAACCAGCUGGUGAUGCCGUGUGCAUCUGUGAAAGUCUGAGGCAGUGCUACUGGGAUAAUGAAGAACCCUGGCUCCUACCUAGUCUGGGAGGUGUCCCCCGACGCCCUGGCCCCGUAGGGCUGUCCCGAAGCUUUCCAUGUGACCCACAGCUGGGUGCCCACCGGCUCUGCUCUGGGACUGCUGAGUGGCCUUGGCUCCAAGAAGCUGUGUCCUCAGCUAACCUGGAAGGCUGUGUGUGCUGGAGCCAUGCGCUGGGACAGACCCCCAGGCCUGGGUCUGGGCUGCAGGGGCCCUGGGCCCCAGGAAGACGACAGCCCACUGUGGGUAUGUGGGGAGAGGCCGGCCUGUCCCCAGCUUAUGUGAUCCUGGGGCAGUCUCUGCCCUCCCCAGACUCUGGGGCCGGGGGGCUGGACUUUCCCGCACAGCUUGCUGGGCAAGGCGUCAUCUGCAGCUUUGAAGACACGACACCCCCUGGACUGCACAGAGAAGGGGUGGCCCAAGCCUCAGGGCGGCACUUCCGGCUCUGAGGCUCCCUGAAGCGCCUGGGGCGUGAGGACUGCAGCCUGUCAGCUGGGCCUCUGACCUUGUGGACGUUGGACCCAACCUGGCAGAGCCGGGCACCCAAGUUGCUGGUCGCUCUGGAGGACAUCUGUCUCUGCUGCCUUGGGCUGGCUGUCAGCUCGGAGAUCUCCCAGGUGGGGGACCAUCCUGACAGGGAGCUGGCAUUACCGGGAGUGAAGGCCCUGGUGGCAGCUACACCCCACCUGUGCCCCAGGCUUGAGACCUUUGGGGGUUCCCCAUGCCUACAGGGCUCCUUGGAUCCACCAUAGCACCCCCACCCCCCAGAAGCCAGGAACUGACUCUGGCCCGCAGGCUGGGCCCUUUCCAGGGGCAGCGCCCAGGGGACAAUUCCCAGAAUCUGUGGGGCAGCAGCCAGAGCUCUGGCCGUCAGAGGAAGCAGCCCUCCACUAAGCUUCCUGGCCCAGGGCCGAGCGUGGUGGGAGCGGAGGCACAUCGGGACAGGCCAACACCCAGAGCCACCUCCACGCAAACAGCAGCUGCUUUCAAAUGCAGCCCUUUCCAGACCCCCCCGCCCUCAGAGCCACACGCUGGGGCGCCAGCCCCCCAGCUUCCCCCGUGGAGCUCAUCACAUCCCCUCUGCGUCACACACUCCCUCCCGGUACCUCUGCUGGAAUCAAGGUGGUUCUGGUCUCGGUGGCCCCGUGUGGCCAGCAGGAGACCCUAAGAGCCAGCCAGCUUAGUGCUCUCUGCCCACAGUUGAAGGGCUGGCGUGGCUUCAAUGGUGGGGAAGUUGGUGUAGCCCCCCUCCCCACCAAGCUCUGGGGCACCCUGGUGGGGGGGCUAACCCAGGGGUGGGCUUCCCCCAAAGACCAGCCUGGCCUCGACUGGGGCCCCAGCAAUGUUUUCUUGUUGUACAAGAACCAGGUCCAAGUGUUGCUUCCUCUUCCUUCCGGAAGCCAAACUGCUCCUUUAUUUUUUAGAGCUGCUGAUUGUGAAUCUCAGAGUCUUAAGAGAGAAGCCAAAUAUAUUCCUCUUGUAAAUGAAGAAAUAAAGAUAUUUAAGUCACGC